AUGCAUCAUUCAUCCACUGAGGUAUCAGCUAUAUGGCCCUUCUUCAACAAUAGCUAUUCGAAUGUGGCUAUCAAUAAAAUCCUGCAAGAAAUUGAGAAUGAAGAACAUGAUAAUGAUCAGGAUGCAGGGCUGACUGCUGUUCAAUUGUUGCAAACCAUAAGGGAGAACGAUGAUAUCCAGAAGGCAAACGACACCCAAGAACCAACCACCCCGUCAAGAUCCAAAGAAUCAAAAAGUAAUAAAUCUUCAAAGACUACCAGCUCUGGCCAUUUAAACAAAAGAUUGUUGAACAAUUUGCUGAUCCAACCGAAUUUGAUCAAUGAGCUAAAUGCGGGAAAGAAUUCGAAGCUGAUAGCCUACAUUACACAAGAAAAGGUGCUGAGCACUUUAAUAGAUUAUUGCUUAGAAAGUUUGGAUUUGAAGACAGACUAUGUUGAGGACAUUGAUGAUGACAACGAGGAUGAUUUCAACGAAGAUGGCAGCCCAGUUGGACACGAUGAGGAAGAGAUCACAUUUCAGUACGAUGAAGACAAUAAUACAGGUAAGGAUAACGAGAAAGCUGCCCCAGCAGAUCAAUCUGACAGCUCAUCUAAGAGAUUACUAAAGAGGGCCACAAUUGCAAUGCAUAUUCUUUCAUCCGAUCAAACUCCUGUAGUGUAUAAUCAGUUUUUGAGUUCGCAUCAAUACGGCCUCAUCUCCAAGAUUUGGGAAGGAGUGUUCAACCGGGAUAUUGCUGAGUAUUUCAUUGACAAACGGCAUAACAUAGUCAUGAUGAAUGGUUUCAUAGCCAUCAUAGAAAAUUUGGCCGAGAUGAAUGUCAAUGGGCUCAUGAAUUUUAUUAGAUUUCAACAAACUAAAGACAGUGAUAGCUUAAGCAAGCAUUUUGUCAACUUUAUCCCAUAUUUUCCCCAGUUUUCUGAUCUCUUACUGAAACUCAUUUCUAUGGACAAACCUUAUAAUCCCAUAGGUUUGAUUGAACUUCUUGUUGAUCAAGACCUCAUAGGUCAGAUAUUAGAGAAAUUGAGGGUUUACUAUGACGAUUGCAUAAUUCAAGACAACCUUCUGAUUUUUUUGAAUGGUCUCGUCAAUAUUAGUUCAAACGUUGGAUAUUGGGACGACCAACAAAACAAUAUGGAAAACGAAAUGAAUGACGGAAAUAAUGGAUCCAAUGAAGCAAAUAUAAGUGCGGUUAAUGGAAACAAUACUGCUAACAUUGGACCUAACGAUUUAACCAGAGACAUGGUAUCGACUUCCAAAGUCAACACAAUGAUAAAUAUAAUCCUCAAUUACGGAGAUUAUGGACUGGUAACAUGUAUCUCAUUGUUUAUCGAGAUUAUAAGGAAGAACAACUCAGAUUAUGAUGAGUUUGACUGGAUCAUGGCUGCCAAUGACCUAACAAGCACUCCGAACAGCAGGGACCCUAUCUAUCUGGGUGUAAUGCUGAAAUUAUUUAUUAUCAAUCUUCCUGCUAUUGUAAAUAAGUACCUUACUGAUGAGUACUAUGAAAGGAAACAGGAGCUGAAUACCUUCUCGUCGGAAGGUCAAAGGAUAGAUUUUGAUGGAAAGAUAAGAAGAAAAAUGAUUGUUUCAUCUAUAGGAAAAGAAAUUGAACCCCUAGGAUAUGAAAGAUUCAAAAUCAUGGAAUUGAUUGCGGAAUUAUUGCAUUGUUCCAACAUGAUGCUUCUGAACCAAUCAAGCAAGUUGGAUUAUCUCCUUUUCAAACGAGAUGAGCUUAGACGUGCAAAUCAAACAGAGAAGCUGGUUCAUGACGCUUUAACAGACUCUAUUUUGAAGCCUGUUGAAGACGCCAUUGAAGACUUAAAAAUUGCAGACGAUACAAGCCUUCACUCUUUUGAGACCCUGAAAAAAAUAGACUCAAAGUACAUUGAGUGUACGUACGAUUUGUCUGUCGGAAACAGUUUUAAAUUCUCAUUGUUAGUCUCACAGGCGUUGCCAAGAAUAAUUUUGAAGAUGGAUAAAUUUCCCUGGAAUAACUUUAUGCACAAUGUUAUUUUUGAUCUUGUGCAACAGAUAUUCAAUGGAAAGCUAAUCGACGAUACGGAAGGAACUAAUGAUGAUGAAAAUCAAGAUGGAGAUUCCGAAGCGGAAAAAAGCACUGAGUAUGAACAAAAUACCCAUGGAUUUGAAGAUCCUCUUUGUUUCAACAAGCUAUUAAUUGUCUCUCUUUUUGGAGAAUACGAUGCCUUUGACCAGGAUUUACCUCCUGAUGGUAGAUUUGCUAGACCCAAGGAGAUUCCAGGAAGUUUCAAUUUGCCUGCUUAUAUAUUAUACGCCUGUGAGAAAUCAAAACUAAGCGAAGAGCAGGCAAAUGUUAAACUUGGAUAUAUGGGUCACCUUGUUCUUGUGGCACAAGAGGUUGUCAAAUUUCAAAGCAUUAUUGAAAAUUUUGGUAUACAUAAGGAACAGCUGAAGACAAGAAAGUUAGAAGGGGAGGAAAUUGCAGAUGAGACUGACGAUGAUGAGGGAGAAACGGAAGAUACAGAGGAAGAAGAACAGAAUACAGAGAAUGGGAACACCUAUGACACUGUAAUAACGAAUAGUGAACAAUUUUCUAGCAUUAAGGGUGACUUACCAGAUAUUUAUAAGAUAUCAUCUACAAAGAUUUAUACAAGACUGUACAAACAGCUUUGCACUUCGUUCGGAGAGGGAAGAUUCCAAAAAUGGACAGAUUUUAUCAACAACGAGCUUAGUGUCGUCAGAGAACAAUACAAUCAGGUACUCGGAGGAGUGAAUGAAGGCGAAGUUGAAAUUGAUGAGGUGCCUCGCAACCCCAAUGCUAUUGUUUUAGACAAUGGCGACUCUGAAGAGUUCAGGAAGCCUUUUGACGAACAGGAAAGUGAAACAGAAACUGAAGACGAAGAGAGCGAGGAAGAGGAAAACAACGACAAUGAUAGAAUACGAGAAGAUGAGGAAGCUAUUAGUGAUGAUAACAGCUCCUACGAUAGCGACGAAUAA